UACAGCAGAGAAAGUGUAUGAAAACUUGAAAAAAAUAAAGUAGAUCAGUGUUAAAUUACAGUACAUUCACAAAUCACAACUACAGAAAAUGGUGAAUGAUGUGACAAUCUGUGGGUUGGGUCUGAUGAAUGAGGCUGAUAAAGUGUUAUUAUGUGUAAUUAUAGUCUGAUUAGUCGCCAUUAGCUGAAUGUGGCUAUACAGUAGGGUCCGCGAUUACUAUCAUCAGGGAUGCAUGCAAGAGAAAAUUACACACUGGAAAUCAGACGAUUGUGCUUUGCAUUUUUUUAUAAUUUACAUAAAAGAUGGCUACUUACCCCUUACUCACUUAUAGAAAAUUAUUUGCUAUAUAUAUCAGUGAACAUGCGUCACAGUUUGAGUCUUUAGCCCUUACAGCUCGAAAUAUCCUUAACAAUAAGUCUGAUCAGAUUGUUAUAAAUCUGUCACAAUUAAAUAAAGAUUCAACCACCAGCAAACCUGCAGUUCAUGUAAAGCAGUGCAACAAUUUCUUUCACAUUUCACUGAUUAUAAUAUCGUCUUUUAAACUCAUGUAAAAAUGAAAUGACUGUUUUUGGCACAAUCAAUCAGUUCUUCGAUGCAUCAAUGUGUGUGAACUUUCAGAUGUGGAAGUGUUUGUAGUUUAUAGAUGUAUCGGUUCCUCAUGGGAUACACAGCAGCGUUCUGCUUUUCAAAGGGCGUCUGUGGGGUGUGGUUGUCAUAGUAACCAGUAGCCUUCACCUGAGGGCUGCCGUGCACAUGCUCCCUCAUGAACUAAACACAGGUAGAAACGCUUAAACCCGGACCGACACAUUACACUCAGCAUGGACACAAUGAAGAGCUCUUCACAGCCCUCUUUCAGCCGAUGGUCAUACAGACCCUCAAGUUCAUCCAGCUUCGCAUCCACAGCCAUGACCAGCACAUUAGAGGAUGACAGUCUGAGCCUCAGACAGCAGAAGCUGGAGAAACAGAGGGCGCUGUUGGAGCAGAAACAGAGAAGGAAACGUCAGGAACCACUGAUGGUGCAGCCCAAUCCAGAGGGUCGUCCACGGCGCUCGCGACCCCGCCGCAGUGAAGAGCAGGCACCACUCGUAGAGCCCCACGUCAAUACGGCCAGUGACAUCAUCUUAGACGGUAUUGAUGGGCCUGCGUCAUUGCUGAGUUCAGAGGGUCCAGAUCUGGGCAGUAAAAUCCAGGUUCUCUCAGUUGCUCAACCACCGCAACUUUCACUCCCAACCACAGAAGAGCCAGAGACAGACGCCGAUACCGAAACUCUGCUCGAACCCAAAACAGACAUACACACACUGCUGCAGAGACGCGGACUCUCUGGCAGCAUGAACUAUGAUGAGGCGAGCGAGGAUGAUGAAGAUGAAGAGAGAAGCCGCUCUCUUUCACCGCACACAGAAAGCACAAGGCCCGCGUCUGCGUCCAGCACUCAAUCCACCACGGAGUGCGUUCCUCUAAGUUCCCCCUCCGCUGAGGGCACCUCCAUUGAAGUGGAUAAUCUGGAGGAGUUUGUGCUCCGUCCGGCACCACGAGGAGUCACGGUGAAGUGUCGCAUCUCGCGGGAUAAGAAAGGCAUGGACCGCGGCCUCUACCCUACGUACUUCAUGCACCUUGAGAAGGAAGACGGCAAGAAGGUGUUUUUAUUGGCUGGGCGGAAGAGGAAAAAGAGCAAAACAUCAAACUAUCUGAUCUCAGUAGAUGCCACAGAUUUGUCUCGUGAGGGCGAGAGCUUUAUAGGAAAACUGAGGUCUAAUCUGAUGGGAACUAAGUUCACCGUCUAUGAUAACGGCACCAACCCUACGAAAAACCCUGGAGCUCUGCUGGAAGAAAACAACACGCGACAGGAGCUCGCUGCUAUCUGCUACGAGACUAAUGUUCUUGGAUUUAAGGGCCCGCGAAAGAUGACUGUGAUUAUUCCUGGCAUGAACAUGAAUUUUGAACGGGUUCCGGUUCGACCCGCAUGCGAUCAGGAGUCUCUGCUGAAUAAAUGGCAGAAUCAUUCGCUGGAGAAUCUGAUAGAGUUACACAAUAAAGCCCCGGUGUGGAACGACGACACGCAGUCUUACGUGCUGAACUUCCAUGGCAGGGUCACGCAGGCCUCCGUCAAGAACUUUCAGAUAGUCCACGACAACGACCCUGACUACAUUGUGAUGCAGUUUGGUCGGGUGGCAGAAGACAUCUUUACUCUGGACUUUAACUACCCCAUGUGUGCUCUGCAAGCCUUUGCUAUCGGCCUGUCCAGCUUUGACAGCAAGCUUGCCUGCGAGUGACCCGUGACCCUUUAAAAGCCCAACACAUCUCUAAAUAAAACACACACCUCUUCCACUCCAUGGCACAAGAGCACCAUUCAUCCCUGCGGACGGCAGGUGAACAGAGGAUUUGUGCUUCAACAUUACGAAGUAGAGAAAUGAGAAGCUGAAGUAUGUUUUGAAAUCAUGUCAUUCAAGUUAUUGUUGUGGAUUAUCAUUGACAAGAGAAUACAUCAUAAACGAAUGCUUUAAUGGACCAAUAGAAAGAAACAAAGGAUAUUCUUUCUUAAACUAAGAGACUUUAGAUUUUCAAUUUAUCUCCUUUGGUGUUUUGUGUGUUAAAAAUGUCAUUGUUAUCACAAAAUUGUCAAUAACACACUUGGGUCAUGCAUGCCUGUUAUUUAAUUUUUUUUCAUCCAUUCCUCCCUCAUUUGGUUCCACUUUGCAUUGUCUCAUAGUAAUGUUUUACAGAAAUAUAGUGCAAACUUAAAUCGUUGUAAUGAGAAUUACAAGAAAAUCUAAUGGUAAACAUUGCAUUACAGUAAUGAGAAUUUAAUCAUUUUAACCUUAAUAAUGUCACGAAUGUAAAAUAUAAUUUGAUGAUAUAUUAUCAUUUGAAAACAACAAAAAAAUGUUUUUGUGAAAUUCAAGUAUGACCCUAUUUUUGAAUGAUAUUGAUGUAUUUUUACAAUUAUGUCAUAGGUAAUACAGAGUUUUUAGUUUUAAUGAAUUUAAUUUGAGAGAUUAUUAAAUCUAGAGGAAACUUUGAUAAUGUCCUCCAGAUUUAUGAGGAGAAACAGUGUUGUUUUUCCUCAAUGUGCCCUUGUGUUCAACUGACUUUAAAACAUACAUUUCUUCAGAAAAUCCUUCGGGUUAUUAUGGCUGCUGCAUGGACUGUGAAAGUUGCCUUAAUAUGUUCUGUAAGUGUAAAUAGUGCCUGAAAACAUGUCAUGUCAUGAAAGAGUGUUUACAUCAUGAGAAAAAAGGGAUUUUGAAGCACAUUUCUUUCUGCCUAUUCUGCAAGUUUUUAUUAAUGUGAUCGAUGUUUGUGUAGAUAUUCAUUGUGUAUGUUGUCAGUCAGCCGAGAGUGUCCUGAUGAAAAUGGCAUGAAAUACAGUUUUUAAGGAUCAUAAAUAUUUAACAAAUCCAUUCAUUUGGAUCCGAACAAUGUGACAGACUUGUCUGAA